AUGGGGAGACCAGAACUAGCACCCUAUGCGGACAGGAGACGAGAGGAUGGGAAGCAGGUAGUGAUUAGGCAAGAAAGGAUGGAAGUGAGCAAGAAGUUGAACUUGUACGACAAGAAAUCUGAGUUGGCAACCUGCAAUCCAUUACAAAAACAGCAGAUCAGUUGCACUUACCCUGGAAAAAGUUGUGGUGGCAGAAUUUGUCCCUCAGGUGCACUGGAGGGACUGGUAAGGCAUCACGCACCUGUAAACGUGGUCAUCCAUGACUCUUUGGAAGAUCAUGUUUCUGGAGUUGGGGUCAGGUGCCCCCUGGGCUACUUUCCGUGUGGCAAUAUCACAAAGUGUUUGCCCCAACAACUUCACUGUAACGGUGAGGAUGACUGCGGGAAUCGGGCCGACGAAGACAACUGUGAAGACAACAAUGGAUGGUCUCUGCAAUUUGAUAAACAUUACACAAAGGACAAAUACAAUAAACUGAAAUCUCUGUAUGCAUUUCAGACAAAGACACCUGAGUGCUGUAAGUAAUUGCAUGGUGCUGUGCCAGCAGGGUGUACCUGCCAAGGGCUGGAGAUCUUCUGCGACGCUGCCAAAUUGCGUGCUGUCCCGUCAGUCUCUUCAAACAUAACCAUAAUGUCUCUUCAGAGGAAUCUGCUAAGGAAACUUUCUGCUGACAUUUUCAAGAAAUACCAAGACCUUAAAAAUCUGUAUCUUCAGAAUAAUAAAAUCAGAGCUGUAUCUGAACGUGCUUUCAAAGGUUUAUACAACUUGACAAAACUAUACCUGAGUAACAACAAGUUAACCAGUUUGAAGCCUGGUGUCUUUGAAGAUCUCCACAAACUUGAAUGGCUGAUAAUUGAGAAUAAUAGGAUAAAUCGGAUCUCUCCAUUAAUAUUUUAUGGACUCAAAUCACUUAUUCUCCUAGAGAUGAUGAAUAAUUCUCUUGCUCGUUUGCCUGAUAAACCUCUGUGCCAAUAUAUGCCAAGACUAAACUGGUUAGACCUUGAAGGCAACCAUAUCCAUCAUGUAAGAAAUGUCACUUUCAUCUCCUGCAACACUCUAACUGUACUGGUGAUGAGACGAAAUAAAAUCAGCUCUUUAAAUGAAAACAGCUUUUCUUCCCUCCAGAUGCUAGAUGAAUUAGAUUUGGCUAGCAACAAGAUUGAAUCACUUCCUCCAUAUAUAUUUAAGGAUCUAAAGGAGCUUUCACAACUGAACCUUUCUUACAACCCAGUCAAGAAAAUACAAAUAGACCAGUUUGAUUUUCUAAUUAAACUCAAAUCCCUCAGCUUGGAGGGCAUUGAAAUUGCAAACAUCCAGAGAAGAAUGUUCAGACCCCUGAGAAACCUUUCCCACAUAUAUUUUAAGAAAUUCCAGUACUGUGGAUAUGCCCCUCAUGUGCGCAGCUGUAAGCCCAAUACUGAUGGGAUUUCAUCCCUUGAGAACCUUUUAGCUAGCAUCGUACAGAGAGUGUUUGUCUGGGUUGUAUCUGCCAUCACCUGUUUUGGAAAUAUUUUUGUUAUCUGCAUGAGGCCUUACAUCAGAUCGGAGAAUAAGCUCCAUGCCAUCUCAAUAAUGUCUCUCUGCUGUGCUGACUGUCUGAUGGGAAUAUAUUUAUUUGUGAUUGGAGCUUUUGAUCUUAAAUAUCGCGGAGAAUACAACAAGCACGCUCAGUUGUGGAUGGACAGUAUUCAUUGUCAAUUGGUGGGAUCGCUGGCUAUUCUGUCUACAGAGGUGUCGGUCUUACUGUUGACUUACCUGACUUUGGAAAAAUACAUCUGCAUAGUUUAUCCUUUUAGGUGUUUGAAGCCCAGAAAAUGCAGGACAAUUUCCAUUUUGGUUCUUAUCUGGAUAAUUGGGUUUGCUGUUGCUUUUAUCCCACUGAGCAAUAAGGAAUUUUUCAGGAACUACUAUGGCACCAAUGGCGUCUGUUUUCCUCUUCACUCAGAACAAUCAGAAAGUUCAGCAAGUCAGAUUUAUUCUGUUGUCAUUUUUUUAGGUGUAAACUUGGCAGCUUUCAUCAUCAUUGUGUUUUCCUACGGGAGUAUGUUCUACAGUGUUCACCAAACAGCUAUUACAGCUACUGAAAUUCAGAAUCAUAUUAAAAAAGAGAUGAUCCUUGCUAAACGUUUUUUCUUCAUUGUGUUUACCGAUGCACUAUGUUGGAUACCCAUUUUUAUUCUGAAACUCCUUUCUUUACUUCAAGUAGAAAUACCAGGUACCAUAACUUCUUGGGUGGUGAUUUUCAUACUGCCAAUAAACAGUGCUUUGAAUCCUCUUCUCUACACUUUGACUACACGACCUUUCAAAGAGAUGAUUCAUCAGGUUUGGUAUAAUUACAGACAAAGAAGAUCCAAAAGAGGUAAAGGCAGCCAGAAAACAUACGGUCCAUCAUUCAUUUGGGUAGAGAUGUGGCCAAUGCACGAAAUCACACCAAAGCUAACGAAGCCUGUGCUUUGUACAGACUCCUCUGACGCUUCGGUGACUACACAGUCAACACGACUAAAUUCAUACACGUAAAUACAUUCUGAAUCUUCACGGUGACAUCCGCACUGUCAGCUUCGCAUCUGUGGGCUUAACUGCUUUACAGCAAUGGGGAAAAAUGAGGGAGGUAUGACACCUGGGCUCAUGUGAACCAAAGCCGGAAGAAGCGGGAGCAGUGUGUCUGUUUGCAGGUAGAAC